GUGCUCUCGCUUCAUCGCGCUAUAUCUCGAAAACGGUUGCUUGUACGAAAAAAGUGUAUAGGAGAAAUUUUUUAGAGAAUACCAUUUACUUGGUUUAGUGUUCUUCAUCUAUCAACGUCUGAGUUCCCAAAAUGGUCAAAGCUAAAAAGUUUGUAUUACGUAAGCACCCUGAAGGGUUACCAAAAUCAACAGAUUUUAAAUUGGUAGAAGAAGAAUUACCGCCACUAAAAGAAAAUGAAGUCCUCACUGAAGCCGUUUUCCUUAGUGUUGAUCCUUACAUGAGAGCCUACAUGUCUACACUCUCUUUGGACACAACCAUGAUUGGAUCACAAGUGGCAAAAAUUAUCGAAAGUAGAAAUCCUAAAUAUCCAGUAGGCAAAUACAUCGUUGGACAAUUUGGUUGGAGGACGCACACCAUUACUGACGGUGCCUCUGCUGCUGGCUCUGGUCCAUUGAUAGUUUUACCAGAUUUGGGAGAUUUGCCUCUAUCAUUAGGACUUGGAGUGCUUGGAAUGCCUGGUAAUACUGCCUAUUUUGGAUUUUUGGAAAUAUGCUUACCCAAAGUGGGCGAAACUGUUGUGGUUAGUGGAGCUGCUGGAGCAGUUGGCAGCCAUGUAGGACAAAUUGCAAAAAUUAAAGGCUGCAAAGUUAUUGGUAUCGCUGGUACUGACGAAAAAGGAAAAUGGUUGACAAAAGAGCUUGGAUUUGACCAUUUCAUAAACUACAAAACACAAAAUGUUGGAGAAGAAUUAAAGAAAGUUGCCCCAGAAGGUGUCCACUGCUAUUUUGAUAAUGUGGGAGGUGAAAUCAGUAUCACUGUAAUGAAUCAAAUGAAAAUGUAUGGAAGAGUUGCUGUGUGCGGAGCCAUUUCUAGCUACAAUGAAAAAGAAACACCAAAAGUAACAUCGCCGUUCAGACCAAUAAUUUUCCAACAGCUAAAGGUUGAAGGCUUGUACGUGACAAGGUGGAACGACAGAUGGAUGGAAGGCAUCAACCAGAAUUUGCAAUGGAUCAAACAAGGCAAAUUGAAAUACCACGAAACGGUUACGGAGGGAUUCCAAAAUAUUUUUAAUGCGUUUGUUGAUAUGAUGAACGGUGGUAACACUGGCAAAGCUAUCGUGAAAGUUUGAGGAAAAUUAUAUUUUGUAAUCAAAUAAAAAAUUAUAAUGAUUGAGUCUU